AGAACCUUGCGCAUUAACAAGAUAUGAGUGAUAAGUCUAAUAAACAAUAAGGUUAUAGGCUCGCUACUGUUCAAUACAACAUAUAUGUGCAUUUGUCAUGUUAAACAAGUACAGAGUGAACAUUUCGUCUUGAAAAUGCACUGUACUGGAAAUGUGAAGCGAUAGAAGUCCAUGUUAUUGGAGGCAGGGCAGUGACCCUCCAGGACCAGACUUGAAGAACCCUCCAGUAGGAUGACUUGAGUGUAGUCUUGCUUUGCUUUAUUUAAGACAUCCUGUCUUAGGCCAUAGGUUGUGUAAACAAUGCUGAGGUGGUUUUCAGCAGAUGAGUCCAGCUCUGUGCACGGAGCUCCUGGCUCCCCGCAGGCGGACACGGGCAGUGAUAUAAGAUUUGCUGAGGUCACAGAGCGGCUAACACAGAUGGAGGAACUUGUGGCCCAUUUAAAAGAGUUGAUCAGGGAAAAGGAUGCAGCACUCAGCAGUAAAGAUAACCAAGUCAUGGAGCUGACAGAACAAAUGCAAUGCUUGCGGGGUGAGAGAGAAAACUUUCAGUCAAAGCUGGAGGCAGAACGUCACAUUACUCGGGCUCGGAUCAAGGAUCUGAUGGAGAAACAUGAGGCAGAGCUUCUCAGGGCUGCUGAUAAACACGAGUCUGAGUUGUCAGAGAAGGAGCAGGCCUUACGCAGACAGCUUGAGACUCUUCAGCGCUCUAUAUCACAGCCCACAGAUGCAUCAGCAAACCUAUCCACCUGCAUUACAGCGCAGAGAGUCACAGAGUUACAAGCCCAAGUGAAGCUGAAAGAAGCAGAGGCCAGUAAAGCAGAAGCAAAGUUCUUAAAAAUGAAAGCAUGGUCCAAAUCUCGGAUCAGGCACCUCGAAGAGGAUCUCAGAAAAGUUCAGUCUGGAGUAUGUCUCGAUAUGUCCCCUGAUGUCACAUCCCUACAUAGUCGCAUUACUGAAUUGCAAGAGGAGAGGGAGGACAUGCUCAGCAAACUGGAGUUGUAUGAAGAUAUAAAUGCAAAAAAUGAUUUUCUUAAAACAUUGAUAGAUGAACUGCAGAAGCAGCUUAUGGAAUAUAAGGAACAGCAGAGGAAGAUGCAGGCCGACCUGGAGCAGGUGACCAAGAGAGCAGCAUCACAGGUGAGUGAAACAGGCAGCAUAGAUGAUGUUCAGGUGAUGGAGUGGCAAGAAAUGAUUACCAUGGUGACUGAGGCAGAAAGGGUUCGAGAUCAGGGUUACGAGAAGAACGUCAUGGCCUUCAGAAUGAGCCAUAUCGAGGAGGAGAGAGAGGAACUGAUUGAGGAUGACUGGUUGUUUCCUGGCUGCUCCGAUCCAGCAUUAGCCAAUCGGCAACAGGAAGUGGAGGAGGAGUUGGCCCAGGCCCGUGGACUCUGCCCACAGAAAAGCAGGAAGCCCAAAUAUUUCACCCCACGCAGCCUGCAGGAGGACUUGGAAUAUCAUAAUAGGCAAGACCCAAUAGGCCCUACUGAUUGCGAUGUUCUUGUGAAUGGAGAGAAUAUGGGUGGAUGGUGGCCCCAGCACAGUGCUGCAGUUACAGAUGGCUUGAGGUCUGUUGUUGAGGAGCUCGAAUUAGAGAGAAACCAACUGCAGGAACAGAUUUUGGUCCUUGAGAAACAGUGCCAAGAUCUAGAGGACCGUCUGCAACUUCAGGCUCGCAUUGAAUUACUACAGGCGACGUUUGGUAUAGAUGAAGGUGGUCGAGCAUUGUCCGCAUCUCAGAAUGAAUCGGAGCGCCUGCAGGCACAGGUUGCCAGCCUUCGCAGUCAGCAGAUUAGAGACACAGAAAAGAAUCAGGUGCUCGUUGCCAGCCUGAACAAACAACUCAAAGGACUGAGCAGCACACAGGAGUGUCUGGAGUCCUCACUCAUGGAAAAGGAGCACACACUUGCCAGAACCUCAGAGAAACUGGAAUUUAUUGACAGUCUGAGAGAGGCUUUAGAGACAAAAGAAAAACAAAACCAAGAAACAACUGAAAAACUGCUUCAAACUGAACACAAUCUGGCUGAAGUUACAAAGACAUGCAGCAACUUUGAGAAGGAAAACUCUGAGAUGAAAGCAACUGUUGCAGAACUGACACUCAAACUCAGUGUGCUGAAAGACAAGAUCCAAAAACAAGAGGCAACUAUAGAAUCAUUACAGAACGAUCUGGUUCAAACAAACGAUGAUCUCGACAGACUGAACGCAGCUCAUCUGGAAGAAAGAGCACAGCUGGUUCAUGACUUGCAGAGCUGUGAGCGUGAAAUUGAUAGACUUCAAGAUGUCAUCAUUGAUAAGGACAAAGACAUAUUGGCACUAACAUCCAGCACGGCAGAAUACUCAGAGCAAAUUCAUGAACUAAAACGGGAAAUGAAGUUCAAAGAGGAUGUGCUGGCUAAAAUUGAACAGGAUGUUCAAAUCUUUAGAGACCCACAGCUUUCUGACCAACAGUUCUUUAAUGUGUUAAUACCUCAGCUGAUUGAACAAUUGAAGAGGAAUGAAACUGAUCUAAAAGUAGCGAGAAAAGAUGGUGAGUCAAAUAGUAAUGAAAUUAAAGACUUAAUAAAGCAAACAGAUGAGGAUAAGAAAACAAUUCAGGAUCUCCGCAUGGAAAUACAGAAGCUGAAUAUGAAUCUCAAAGACCAGGUAUUGGAUAGAGAACAAGUGCACGAAAAAGACUCUUUCCAGGAGGAACAUACGUUGCUUGCUGAAGUCAGCAAAUAUAAAAGUGAGCUUCUGAUGUUCUCUAGAAAGCUUGAGGAGCAGGUUGAAUGUCAAGAACAGCUUAAGCAAGAUGUACAAGACAAGUCAAAGAUAAUAUCUUCAUUGGAGGAGAAGCUGAAGAUCGUUCAAGAGGAGACAGUAGCAGAGAGAGAGAGAUUUAACAAAGAACUCAAGAUUCGAGAUGAAGCCAAAGAAAACCUUGAGAAACAUUUGUCUGAUAAAAUUGAGAGUAUUCAUUUGGUAAACUUUAACAACCAGAAACUUCAGGAAUCAUUUGAGCAGACUUUGGGAGAGCUUGCAAGACAAAAGCAGCACCUGGAUAAUGCUAAGGAGCAAAUGCAAGCUGUGCAAGAUCAGAAUUGCAACUUGCUUUUACAAGUCGAAAGUCUCACUAAUGACAAUUGCCAAUUGAAGAGGGAUAUUGAGGCUAGUGUCCAGUCCCUCUCUGAUGUUUCAGAAGAAAAUAAAAGAUUGGCAAGCACAAUAUCUGAAGUUGAACAGAAGCUUUCAGAAAGUGUUAAAACAAUAGAACACUUGCAAAGAGAUAAGGACGAGCUAACACUCCAAGGAAAUGAAUUGAACAAAGAACUCGAGCAAAACAAACAGUCAAUGGAUACGAUUUUUUUUGAAAAAGACGGCAUUGUUAGACUCCAUGAGACAUUGAGUAGGCAAAAUCAACAAUUACAAGAAAUGUUUGAAGAGAAACAAAAAGAAGUGCUUAAACUGGCCCAAGUUGUGUCUGAAAUGAAUAACAAGUUUGCAAUAACGCUUGAAGAAAAUGAAAAACUUGCUUCUAAACUUGCUAGUCUUGAUGAACAGAAUAAGUACCUUCAGAAACAAACCAAUGAACAGAUGAAGUUACUCACAGAAACGACCAAGGAGAGGGAGAAUCUACAAAACAAAAUCUUGAUUUUUGAAACACGAGAUGCGGAAAACCGUAAAAUCAUAGAAGGCUUGCUUAAGCAAAAGGAAGAUUUGCUUUUGCAAGUAGAGGAACACAAAAAUAUCGAAAAGAAACUGCAGUCUGGAGCUGAGACCUUACAGGAAAAGUCUUUAGAAUGUGCAGCCCUCUCAAAAUGUCUCAGGGAGACCAAAGAGGAAGUAGAUCAUCUUAGGAGAGAACUUGGAUCCACCACUUCUCAAGUCCUUCAAUACAAACAGAUUGUUUUUGAAAAAGAAAUGCUCUUAACAGACCAAACUACACAAAUGGAAACUUAUCUGCACCAACUCAAGCAAUUACAACAUAGUAUUUCCAUUCUUCAAGAACAAGUUAAUAAUCAUAAAUCAGGUCUGACAGAGAAAGACACACUGCUGCAGAAAGAAUCAAAUUCAUGUCGUUUGCUACAAAAGGAACUUAGUCAUGAAAGAGAACUUGUUUUUACCCUUCAACAAGAGAUAAACUAUCUGAAAAUGGAGUGGUCCAGACUGAACCAGACUUUGGAAGUGAAAGAAAGCACUUUAAGGGAGAAAAAUCUUAAAUGCCACGGUCACUCAGAGGAAUUGUGCAAAAGAAAUGAGUCGGUUCUUUCACUAACUAGUCAGCUUGGUGUUAUGAAUGAAAAUAUUGCGGGGCUUGAAUCUGAUCAUGCACAUUUAAAAGGCCUUUUAGAGGAGCAUUUAACAGAAAAUGUAAGACUAAAUGACGAGUUGAGACAGAAACAAAUAGAGGUUGUGGAAUAUCAAGAUAAUAUCCAGGCAAUGAAUGACCACAACAUUAUAAUUAAAUCUGAACUGAAGAAUUCAAUGGCAGAAAUGUUUAGACAACAAGAGAUGAUCAUGUCCCUACAAAAUGAAUUGGAAAGUAAAAGAGUCGAACUGGCAUCUUUGGCAGAACAGUUAGAAUCCAAACGCUCUCAACUUGAAGCUUUACAAUUCACUCUGCAGGGGAAAGAGGACGUUUUUAGGACACAGGAGAUGUCUGUAAAUAAAAUGCAAGUCAAACUGUUGGAAAGUGAGGGCCAAAUCACCCAGAAAAUAACAGGGAUCUCUGAGCUACAUGAAGAAGUUCAGAAUUUGCAGACAGCUCUGCAAGAAAAAGAUAGGUUGCUGUUUAACAAAGAUAAAGAGUUUUCUCUGGUUAAGAAGACAUUAAUGGCACAAUCAGAAUCAUGUGAAGCCAGACUGAAAUUAGAAAUGGGCGAAAUUGCUCAAAUUCAAAGAGAGUUAAAGAGCCUACAAGAAAAGAAUAACCAUCUCGUCAGAAUUAUUAAUGAAAAUGAUUCUUUAUUGAGGCAGGAGAAGGAAAAGUGUCUGCACUUGCAAGGUAGUGCAUCUGAACUGGAAAACACAGUUUCACUGCUGACCUGUCAAAUAGAGCAAUUAACCUCAGAGAUCACACAACUCAGGGAAACACAAACUGAGAAGGAACAAGUCACUUUUGCUGCUCAGUCGCAAAUUCAGAAACUGGAUGAACUGUACAAGAAACUUCAAGAGGAAUUCGAUUUGACCAAACAAGAGCUGCUUAAAGUUAUCAGUGAAAAAUCAUUAAAGGAAGAAGAAAUCUGUAAAUUGGUCCUGGAAAAAGAAGAGGUCUGCAGAAAUUCCAAUUAUCAGAUUCAGAGAAUUCAGCACCAGCUACAACACCACAAGUGGGAAUCCAGCAAAGUGGAAGAAGACAAGACGAUGGAGAGAGAGAAACACCAUAUCCUGGAGUCCAUGGCUUUGCAAGGUAAAGAUGUGUCUCAAGAACACUGGGUCCAGUUGCAUAGCCAUCUGCAGCACUGCCAGCGAGAGGUCCAGCAAAAGGAGUUUAGCCUCCAACAACUCAACAUCAAGUUGCAACAGGCAAUUGAGGAAAAGGAAGGUGUGUCCUCCCAGUUAAGCACCAUUUCCAAGAUGCUCAGAGACUCACAGCAGACUGUUAGUGAGCUCCAGAAUCGCUGCAAUUGGCUGGAGAGACAAUUUCAAAACCAGUAUUCACCCACACAGGAUUCAGUUUACACAGAAGUUCCACCAGGCGCCCCUCAGGAACCAAUCAGUGAGAAUUUUAACCCAAGUGGUUCAGACAGCGGAGAUCUCAAGAUGAGGCUGGCUGAGGCAGAGUUUCAUCUGUCUCAGUUCAACUCUAGAUUAGAGGAGGAGAGAUCAAGGAGAGAGGUUGCAGAGGAAGCCAUGCGGUUGACGGAACAGAGAGUUAAGAGCAUGGAGUCAAACCAAUCAUGGCAUUCUCAAAGGGACUUUAGUAUUCAGCUAGAAAAAGAUGAGGAACAGUAUGAAGAUCUUGUUCUUCGCCCAAGCCGACACCUGUUUAUGCACAAGGUACUAGCUGUUUUUGUAUAA